CACUGGAAAGCAACAAGCGAAGAGUUCGUUUUUGAUACCGUUGUUGUUGUUUAAUUGGCGUUAUGGGCGGCGAGUCGCGCUUAGAACUAAUACCUCCACUUAGUCUAGUUUAAGCCACUCCACACGACGGUGCGCGGCACAAAGCCUUAGGCCAGAAUAAACUGGAAUCCGUGGGCAACUGAAACCGAAACCGAAGAAACAUAUGCACGAGAGGUUUACGUAUAUAUGCAGACACUUGUAUGUAUGUGCUCGCCGUGACAAAUGAAGCAGUAGUAGCAGUAGGAGUGGGCACGCGAUCCAUAGCCACGUCUGCUACAUCGGUCCAAGCCACCCACCUGUGCCGGACCCCUUCCCAGUUCCAGUUCCAGUCCGAAUCCCACCUCCACUCCAGACACCAUGCUGCCUCGGUUUAGAUCCUUCUAUGGAAAGCUUAUUAUCUUCAUCCUGGUGGCUCUGUGCUUCAUCUUGUACAGCAAGGUGCAGCAGAGCAGCCCCAACGAGGAGGCACCACUCCUCCGACCGGCUGCCCUACGUGGCCAUGGGCGCGACAGGUUUGAGAGCUACAGCGAUAGUGAGAACGAGAUUGCCCGGCCUGCCACCCAGUCGCCCUACGAGCAGACCAUUCAGCUGGACCUGCAGAAGCAGCGUGUUGGCCUGGGAGAGCAGGGAGUGGCUGUGCACCUGACCGGCGCGGCCAAGGUGCGCGGCGAGGCGAUCUACAAGAAGAUCGCCCUCAACGAGGAACUCAGCGAGCAGCUGCUGUACAACAGGAGCGUGGGUGACCAUCGGAAUCCGCUGUGUGCGGCUGAACACUUCGAUGCGGACACUCUGCCCACCGCCAGUGUGGUGAUCAUCUUCUUCAACGAACCCUACUCCGUUCUACUUCGCACUGUGCACAGCACCCUAACCACCUGUAAUGAGAAGGCUCUGAAGGAAAUCAUCCUUGUCGACGAUGGCAGUGAUAAUCCCGAGCUUGGCGGAAAACUGGAUUACUAUAUACGGACGAGGAUACCCGCCGGCAAGGUGACCAUUCUGAGGCUGAAGAACCGCUUGGGUCUGAUCCGGGCCCGACUGGCCGGUGCACGAAUCGCCACGGGAGAUGUACUCAUCUUUUUGGAUGCUCACUGCGAGGGCAACAUCGGCUGGUGCGAGCCUCUUCUGCAGCGCAUCAAGGAGUCCCGGACCAGUGUUCUGGUGCCCAUCAUUGAUGUGAUCGAUGCCAAUGACUUCCAAUACAGCACCAAUGGCUACAAGUCCUUCCAGGUGGGUGGAUUCCAGUGGAACGGCCACUUCGACUGGAUCAAUCUGCCGGAGAGGGAGAAACAGCGCCAGCGUCGAGAGUGCAAGCAGCAGCGGGAGAUCUGUCCGGCUUACAGUCCCACUAUGGCCGGUGGAUUGUUCGCAAUGGACCGGCGAUACUUCUGGGAGGUGGGCAGCUACGAUGAGCAGAUGGACGGCUGGGGCGGCGAGAACUUGGAGAUGUCCUUCCGCAUCUGGCAGUGUGGUGGCACCAUUGAGACGAUUCCCUGCUCCCGCGUCGGACACAUCUUCCGUGACUUCCAUCCUUACAAAUUCCCCAACGAUCGAGACACUCACGGCAUUAACACAGCCCGCAUGGCUUUGGUGUGGAUGGACGAGUAUAUAAAUAUCUUCUUCCUGAACCGACCGGAUCUGAAGUUCCACGCAGACAUCGGUGACGUUACCCACCGGGUGAUGCUCCGCAAGAAGCUGCGCUGCAAGAACUUCGAGUGGUACCUGAAGAACAUCUAUCCGGAGAAGUUCGUGCCCAACCACGAUGUGAAUGCCUGGGGAAAGGUGCAGGCCGUGAGCAGCAACCUCUGCCUCGACGAUCUGCUGCAGAACAACGAGAAGCCAUACAAUGUGGGCCUCUAUCCUUGUGGCAAGACGCUGCAAAAGUCACAGCUCUUCUCCUUCACCAAAACGCAAGUGUUGCGCAACGAAUUGAGCUGUGCCACUGUCCAGCACAGCGAGUCCCCACCGUAUAGAGUGGUCAUGGUGCCGUGCCUGGAGAACGAUGAGUUCAAUGAGCAGUGGAAGUACGAGCGCCAGCACCUUGUUCACAGCAACACGGGCAUGUGCCUGGACCACAGGGGCCUCAAAACCCUGGACGAUGCUCAGGUGGCGCCCUGCGAUCCCCACAGCGAUUCGCAGAGAUGGAUCAUCCAGCACUAAGGACAGAAGUCAAUGGGGAACGAGGGAUGGGGACCAAACUGAGAAAAACUGACUAACGCAACAGACUCGAAUGAUAAUUCGAAUUAGAGCAUCAACUUGUAAAUAUCUAAAAAUUGAAGGAUAGAAUUAUAUAUUUUCUAUACACCCAAUGUGUAUAUUAAGGAAGGACCGAGGAGGAGUUGUGGUAGCUAGUGCAAAUCAAAUCAAAAGAAGAAAAUCAAACGCAAACAAGUCAUUUGGGAAAAGCUAAUAACAAUUAACUGUGUGUUGUGUAUUCUGUGUGUGUAAUUAGAUAUAUAUAUAUUGAGAGAGAUUUGUGAAACAAAACAGAGCGUCGGUAUAUCCUAUGUAAAUGCUUCACCGAUGACCAUAGUCGCCAUGUGAUCAGGAAACGAUGAGGAUGCAACAAAAGCAUUCCACCGCACGGGAGUCCACUGGAAUCUCCUGCUAUUAAACAAAAACCAACUAUGUAAACAGUAAACUAAAAGUGUUGUAAGCAUUUAUCUACUAACAUAAAUUUUUGCCAUUUGUUUUCAUAAAUAAAAUACAAAACAGCUCUUCCGACUGGAAGAUGCACAUCAUUAGA